CGUAAAUCUCGAGAAUCGCAAAAUAUACCAAAAUCUGCCAAAGUUUACAAUAGGUCCUUAAGUUCCUUCCUCUCGACUCCCGACUCGCUACAACAGCAUUCUGCGCUUAGUCAGAAGCUGGAGAUAACCAAACUUUAACGGGGAUUCAAUACCGAUUCUCAUGGACAGAUGGAUGGUUCAAAAGCCAGCAAUGAAGCCACUUCUAGUGAAAUACUAUUUGAACAGGCUCUUGUCACUGAAAUCCAAAUACAGUCAAUAUGUGGUGAAGUAGUCAAAGACUGGAGAGACCUGGGUAUAGUCUUAGGGAUUGCAUCAGUGUUUAUGGAUAUUAUUGAGGCUGAUUACAGCGCAAGCCGUGAAAAGGCAAGUCAAAUGCUUCUAAAGUGGAAACAAAAAGAAGGAAAUGGAGCAACAGUGGGAAUCCUUAUAAAUGCUCUUGCGAAGAUUGAAAGGAAAGACGUCGCCGAAAAACUGCUUGAUCAGAGAGACACAAUGGAGAAAGAUCAGGCGAGCCAAAGACGUAGUAGAGUGAAAGUACAACAACGGUAUGACGAAGUGGAUAGAUGUUCGCGAUGUCCUAAUUUGGAGAAGGAAAUUAACGAUUUAAAAACAGAAAGAGACACAUUAAAAAACAAAAUCAGCCAACUCGAGGACAUGCGCGCAGACGACGAACAGAAAAGGAAGGACACAAAAACAAAGGAUGAGAUAAUCAGAGAAAACAACACUAAAAUCGCUGACUUAGAGAGAACGAAUAGAAUACAACUAGAUCACAUAGAAGAGUUGAAAAGAACAAAUGAAAAGAUUAAGACGAAGAAAAGAGAUCUUGUGGAAGAAAAGAAAAUGAUGAAGAAACAGAUUGGAGAGCUAAAAGCCGAGGAGGAGGAACUAAAAUUGAAGUUACAAGUUCAAACAGAUCUAAAGGAGCUGGAUCAGCUAAAGACUCAAAAUGGUGACCUGUUGAGUCAAAUAGAGGAGCUCAACAGAAAAGUGAAAAGCUCUGAGUCAGAAUGCAAGAGGCUACAAGAGGAGCUUAAAAAGAGCAGCAAAUACCGAAGUCCAGGUGUUUUCUUUCCGACUGGAAAUGAAUUUGCCGGAAAUUGUCCUGGUGUCAUAUGCUUCCUAAAGAAAGAUGCUUCCGCAAAACUGCGUGCUUCUAGAUCUUCUGAUGGCACGGGAGAAGCAAGUGACAUAUUGAACCAUAAGAAAAGCACCAUUAGUGGAACAGCGGAAAGAGAAAAUUCAUGGUGGUCCAUUGAUCUGGGCAUAAACCAUCGACUCAUAAUCACACACUACUCUUUGAGACAAGGCAAAAGGCAUGGAGAAUCAGCACUUACCGAUUGGCAACUAGAGGGAUCUCAUGAUGGAAAGAACUGGGAAGAACUUAAAACUAUUCACAACGGGAAGGAUCCACAGUUCGCCGCUCCUCCUCCAUUUUAUACAGGUACCUGGUCUGUUGGAGGGGAAAUACCGGCUUUUCGUUUUUUUCGAAUUUUCCAGACAGGUAGAAAUUCCUCUGGUAAAUAUGGAAUAUACCUAUCUGGAAUUGAGCUGUACGGAGUACUUCUGAACAUAUGAGACCUAACAGCUAUAAAGGCUUUAACUUUUAAAGUUUUCAUCAAGCAGUGGAGAUAAAAAUAGUACCUCUCAGGAGGCAAGGUCUGUGUAAGACUUCCUAUUAAAAGUGUCUUUGGGUCUUAGUUUUGCCACAUUUAGAGUAUUGGAGGUUCUCAAUGGAGUGAUGGCUUUUACGGCUAACGGUUAAAAUUCUGGCCAUUUUACGGCUAACGUUUAAAAUCUAUAUGGAAGCGAUCUUCGCAAUAAUAAACACUACUUAAUCAGUAGUAAAAAUAAGGCCUGAAAAAAAAAUUCAAUACAAGUGUUUAUUACUAAGAUCGCUUUCAUAUUCAAAGAUAGUAAAGAUGCAAAUUUUAAUGAUCAUUGUUUUCAAGGAUAUUGUUAAUCAGUAUCUUACCAACCGAGCUAACAAGCCAACUAGG